AUGAGACUUUCUACUGCCUCCGCCGUCGCUGCCUUGGCUGCCUCGGCUUCUGCCUUCCCAUUGAUGAAGAGAGACGAUGCCAACUCCACCGUUGCCACCAACUCCUCUACUGAAGUGACUCAAGACGACCACUUCCAAGUCUCCUUUGCUAAGCCAUUUGCCAUUUUCCAACCAAAGGUUUUCAUUGGUGCCAUGUUCUCUCUUGAAACCGCCCCAUGGUUGGAGGCCUUGGACUUUGUUCACAACAUCACCUUGCCAGGUCUUUCUCCACAAUACCCAGACAUCCACUGUACCACCAACUACUCCAUCUGUCAAUUCACCGCCGGUGAAGGUGAAAUUAACGCAGCUGCCUCUGUCACUGCCUUGGCCUUGUCUCCUCUCUUUGACUUGUCCAAGACCUACUUCUUGCUUAACGGUAUUGCCGGUGGUGAACCAGACCACACCACCUUGGGUUCCGUCACUUUCGCCAAGUACGCUGUCCAAGCUGCCCUUGAAUACGAAAUCGACCCAACUGAAUUCACCAAGGCUCAAGCCGCCAACUGGACCUCUGGUUACUUUGCCUUUGGUACCAACAACCAACAACAAUACCCAGGUAACGUCUACGGUACUGAAGUUUUCGAAUUGAACGAAAACUUGAGAAACAGAGCCAUUGCCUUGGCCAAGAAUGCUACCUUGGACAACGGUACCACCGGUAACGCUGAAUACAGAAAGUUGUACCCACAAAAGAAGGCCAGAGCCUUGCCAGGUGUUGAAGCCUGUGAUGUCUUGACCUCUGACGUCUACUUCACCGGUAACGUUUUGGGUGACUACUUCAGUAACUUCACCAAGUUGAUGACCAACGGUUCCGCCACCUACUGUUCCACCGCUCAAGAAGACAACGCCUCUUUGGAAGCCUUGGUCAGAGCUGACAAGCACGGUUUGGUUGACUACGACAGAAUUGUUGUCAUGAGAACCAUCUCUGACUUUGCCAGACCACCUCCAUCCAUGGCCAACGACACCCUUGGUUUCUUCACCAACUCUUCCUUCGGUGGUAUUAGUGCCUCCGUUAACAACUUGGUCAAUGCUGGUCUUCCAUUCGUUACUGACGUUGUCCAACACUGGGACAAGGUCUACAAGAACGGUACCGCUUACAAGGCCAAGAACUACGUUGGUGACAUUUUCGGCACCCUCGGUGGUGUUCCAGACUUUGGCUUGCCAUCUUUCGAAAUCGCUUAA